ACUACGCAGGCCAGCCGCUGCAGCUGACGGAGGUGCUGCCGGACGGUGCGCUGGCGCAGCGGGCCGGCUACACGGUCGGCGGCGACAUCACCUCCAGCGGCUUUACCGGGCAGCGGCGGCCGUGCGGCCCGCCGGCUCGCGUCCAGAACAGCGUCAUCUUCCGCGACGGUCGGCUCGCCAACAGCACUGAGAAGCGGUACCCAGACAGCACGGAGAUCACCUUUAACUGCGUGACAGGCGUGGGAGGGGACAGGACCUCCUGGAAGAUCCUGUGUGAAGACGGCAGCUGGAUUGGCCGCUCGCUCAGCUGCGAUGAAAACGACUUGCAAGACCCCAUGUAUAUGAAGAACAAAUCAUGUACAUUCUACAACGACAUGAUUAACGUCAUGACGUUCUUCCAAGACCAGCCGGUGUUAGAGAAGAAAGUAGAAUUUCCGCCCGGAACCAAACUGACAUUCCGCUGUGAUGACAUCGGCAAGUUCGCGAUGAUCGGCAGCAACCACCGGAGCUGCGUGCGUGGCGACUGGGACGGGGCUCGACCCACCUGCUUCGGUCUCAACCAGAUGAACGACUACGCGCUGGAGAAGCCGCCGACCAUCCUGUUCCGUCACAAGGACGGCCCCAUCGCCCAAAGCAAUGACGGCAAGCUGAUCGUGUACCCGGGCGCCGUGCUGCACCUCGAGUGCCUCUGGAUCAGGAAGUUCGGCUCGCCCUCGUGGGAGGUGUCGCACCAGUUCAGGACGUACCCGCACGGCUGGACGACGGAGGAGGGCCGCGACUCGAACCUCGAGUACCGCCUGAGCAUCUACCACGCGCAGGCAGAGGACUCGGGCAGCUACACGUGCGUCACGCCGCCCCGACACCGGCACGGCGUCCACAUCGUGGUCAAAGCCGUGCACUGCCCGGUCGUGCCUGAGCGGCCGGGGCUCUACAAGAGCACGCACGACACCAGGAUGAACACCCAGGUGACGUUCACGUGCGCCAACGGCAACACGCUGAUCGGCGCGCACCAGAUGAACUGUCUGCCAUCGGGCAACUGGAGCGCGCCCAUGCCCCACUGUGAGACUAUCGAAUGUCCGGAAUUUAGAAACAUCCCGGACCCUAACGUAAAGGUUGCCAUCCUCAACCGCCAAGUGACGGGCAAGGUCAUCUUCGAGUGCCCUCGAGGCUACCAGAAGGUCGGGGCCCACGAGGCCUACUGUCAGGUCAAUGGCCAGUGGUCCCAGCAGCCGCCGGUCUGUGAAGAGCUGCUGUGCGAGACGCCACAGCCGCCGGCGAACGGCGUGAUGAGCCCCGCCGACGUGCGGCACAUGGUCGGUGACGUCAUCCAGUUCUCCUGCAAGCACGGCUUCAUGAUGGAAGGGCAGCCGAUCGUCGAGUGCCUCGAGAACAGGAAGUGGUCCCGUGAGAUCCCCACUUGUGUGCAGGCGUGCACAUACCCGGGCUCCACCAUCGGCGGCACCAUCUCCAAGGUCAAGUUUUACUACGCCAUCGGCGAGCUAGUGGCAUUCGCCUGCGAGAACGGGCUGGUGCUGCGCGGCGAGCGAACGCUCGAGUGUAUGGCCGGCGGCCGCUGGUCCAGCCGUAUUCCCAGCUGUAUCAACCAGCUCUAGAGCCCGCGGCCGCCGUACGGCCGCUGCCCAGCGCUCGCGGCGCGGCCUGCCCCCGA